CGCGCCGCUCUCCAGGUCUCGCGAGAAAUCCAGCGGUUUCACUAUCGUGUUUACACUAAUUAAACCCAUUACCCCCCGAUAAUCCGAACCGAGCCGAUCCGGAUUAAGUCGGGCGGGUGGUUCCGGAGCGGGACCGGGUUCGUAAAAUCGGCCGAAAAUUUUCACCCCCCCUUUACCCCUCCCCCCAUCGAGUUUAACCCUUUAUUUCACCCCCCCCUCCCAUAAUUCGGUGUUUUCUGAGGUAAAAUAUCGCUUUAUUUCCAGUUAUAAGAAUCCCUCCUUCGGGGGUCAGAAGGGGGGCUUCCUUGGGGGGGGGAGACUUUACCUUCCCCACCCCCCCAAAUGACGGGCGACCCCGCGGCUGGAGGGUGGGGCGCGGGGCUGCGCUCCUAGGAAAGUCCGGGGAUUUGCGGCCUAGUUACUGAGGAUUCUGACUGGGGAGGAGGAGGAGGACGGCGGCCGCCGCCAGGAGAGCGAGAAGGAGGAAGGUGAAGCCGGGAGGAAGAUCCCCGUCAGGGGAAGAGGCGGAUUAAUAGAAACCUCCCCCCGGGUCCUAGUCUCGGGGACCAGGAUACCGAGGGAGAGAGUGGAAAUGAUGGAAGAAUUGCACAGUCUGGACCCACGGCGUCAAGAAUUGUUGGAAGCACGAUUCACUGGAGUUGGUGUUGCAAAGGGACAACUGAACAGUGAAUCAUCUAACCAAAGCCUUUGUAGCCUGGGUUCUCUGAGUGACAAAGAACUAGAGCAGACUCCUGAAAAGAAACAGAAUGACCAGAGAAAUCGCAAGAGGAAAGCUGAACCUUAUGAAACUAGUCAAGGGAAGAACACCCCUAGAGGACAUAAAAUUAGUGAUUAUUUCGAGGUAAGUGAUUUUGCUGGGGGAAGUGGCCCUGGAACAAGUCCAGGUAGAAGUGUUCCACCAGUUGCCCGAUCGUCACCGCAACAUUCCUUAUCGAAUCCUCUUCCCUUAACGAGUCAGCAAAGCAGCCCUCCUUCUACCACACUGGUGAAUCUAGAGCAUUCCUGCAUCACCCUUAAACCGAUUUCCGUCCAGCACAGGCAAACACAGUCUGACCUCACAAUGGAUAAAAUAUCCGCUCUUGAAAACAGCAAAAACUCGGACCUAGAAAAAAAAGAGGGAAGAAUAGAUGACUUGUUAAGGGUAAACUGUGAUCUACGACGUCAGAUGGAUGAGCAGAAAAAAAUGCUGGAAAAGUACAAAGAACGGUUAAAUCGAUGUGUGACAAUGAGCAAAAAACUUCUAAUUGAGAAGUCUAAACAGGAGAAGAUGGCAUGUCGAGAUAAGAGCAUGCAAGAUCGUCUUCGGCUUGGUCAUUUCACUACUGUCCGGCAUGGUGCCUCUUUCACAGAGCAGUGGACUGAUGGCUAUGCCUUCCAGAACCUCAUCAAACAACAAGAACGAAUAAACUCGCAAAGGGAAGAGAUUGAACGGCAACGAAAAAUGCUUGCCAAACGUAAACCUCCCGCCAUGGGGCAAACUCCUCCAGCCAACAAUGAGCAGAAACAGAGGAAAAACAAAACCAAUGGGGCAGAGAAUGAAGCGUUAACAUUAGCAGAAUAUCACGAACAGGAAGAAAUAUUUAAGCUCCGGCUAGGUCAUCUUAAAAAGGAGGAAGCGGAGAUCCAAGCAGAACUUGAACGACUCGAAAGAGUCCGGAAUUUGCACAUUAGAGAGCUGAAGAGAAUACACAAUGAAGAUAAUUCACAGUUUAAAGACCAUCCAACGCUAAAUGAUAGGUAUUUGUUGCUGCACCUUCUUGGUAGAGGAGGCUUCAGUGAAGUGUAUAAGGCUUUUGACUUAACGGAACAAAGAUAUGUAGCUGUGAAAAUCCACCAGUUAAACAAAAACUGGAGGGACGAAAAGAAAGAAAAUUACCAUAAACAUGCCUGCAGGGAAUAUCGCAUCCAUAAGGAGCUGGAUCACCCUAGAAUAGUCAAGCUUUACGACUAUUUCUCUCUUGACACAGAUUCGUUUUGCACUGUGCUGGAGUACUGCGAGGGAAAUGAUCUUGACUUCUACUUAAAGCAGCACAAGUUGAUGUCUGAGAAGGAGGCUCGUUCUAUUAUCAUGCAAAUUGUGAAUGCUCUGAAAUACCUGAAUGAAAUAAAACCUCCUAUUAUACAUUAUGACCUAAAACCAGGUAAUAUUCUUUUGGUUAAUGGUACCGCUUGUGGGGAAAUAAAAAUCACAGAUUUUGGACUGUCCAAAAUAAUGGAUGAUGACAGCUACAAUUCAGUGGAUGGCAUGGAGCUCACAUCACAAGGAGCUGGUACCUACUGGUAUCUGCCUCCUGAGUGUUUUGUUGUUGGUAAAGAGCCCCCAAAAAUCUCAAACAAGGUGGACGUAUGGUCUGUUGGAGUCAUUUUCUAUCAAUGUCUGUAUGGACGAAAGCCCUUUGGUCACAACCAGUCUCAGCAGGACAUCUUGCAGGAAAAUACCAUUCUUAAAGCAACAGAGGUUCAGUUUCCUCCCAAACCUGUAGUGACGCCUGAAGCCAAGGCUUUCAUCCGCCGUUGCCUCGCCUAUAGGAAAGAGGAUCGGAUAGAUGUCCACCAGCUGGCUUCUGACCCUUAUUUACUGCCACACAUCCGCAAGUCAGUCUCUACUAGUAGCCCAGCCAACGCGGCAAUAGCAUCAACGUCUGCUUCAUCAAACAACAGUUUGUCAAACUGAAACAAGACUGAGACCUGAAUGGCCCCGUUAAACUCAGCUGGGUAAUGCUGGCUGAGCAGUCACUUGGAUCCCUCUGGGUUAUGUUUCCUCCUUUUGUAGGAGAGUAGUGAAUACUCCUUGGAGACGUUUCCUUUCUGGCUUGGUAGAGCCAAAGAUAGAUGGACUGGAAACAGUGUCUCUUCGAUGAUCUGCAGUCCCUUCUGGAGUGGGCAACUACAAUGACUUCUCUGGAGGCACCUUUCAGAAUAUCAAGAUAAGGGAGUGAGGGACUCGCCUCAGACUAUAUAAGCUGGACUCUAAACUCCUCCCUCUAACUGCAUAUGUCUGAAUUCUCCACAUACACGCCCGAUCACCUUUCAAUACCAAGAAAUGACUUUUACCAAGCAUUUUUUCCGGGAGUGUGUAAAAAAAAAAAAAAAAAAGCCAGACUGGACUAUUCCUGUGUUGAUAUUUAAACCUCUUCUGUUCCCCUUCAUCCAUUUUAUUAAAGCAAACUUGAUUAAAAAAAUUACAGGAGGAGGCAAACCAAAUACAACCCUAUAAGCCCCCAUUCGUAAUAAAUAAGCAAAGGCUUUUCCAAGAAGUGAAAGUAUUUUGUUACCUCUCCAGUAAUUGUACAAUAAUCUGGCAAGGCAAAAAUCAUAGUUUGUGAAGUGAAAUCCAUAUUAAUAGAGACAAAGGAAAAGUUUAGGUAUUCCCUUUAAUCAAAAAAAUGACCUCUGUUGAUCCUGCUGUCAUUGUUUGCUUUUGUUAUUUUUGUCGUCUGUUUUGUUGAGCUUUAGUAUGGUACUACAAAAUAUUGGGUUCUGUUCUAUACACAACUACACCAUGGACACAAAAAAGCAUGCUUGGGGAACACUGUAUAAAGAGAAAUUCUAGAGCAAAGCUCUAAAUGUGUAACAAGCAACAUUGUUUUCCACGGUCAUUGCUUUACCUUUAGAACUUUGCCUUAGAAUUAGUCAACCUCUUUAGUAAUUUCCUUCUCCUCUAUCACUUAUUUUAAAUUGCAUUUUUUUUUCUUCCACAAGAAAAGUUAUAUAAAAUAUUUUCACUUUAUAAAAUUUAAACCUUUCUGUAAAGCUCACCUUUGGCAAUAUUUGCUACAUUUAUUGUUGGAUUUGCGCCAUUGAUGGUUUUGCAGAUGCAUGUAAUAUUUUGUUGAUGCUCUUUGCUGUAACCUCUGGUGUUCCAUGCUGCGUUUAAGUUAUUAAUUUUAUAUUUUUACUGUGUGUGGUGUCUGCCUAUUAAGCUGGCUUACCAUUGUAUUAAGAGGGGAGGGGGCGUGGGUACAGUUAAUGGAUUCUAGAAUAGCCAUGUCCAUUCACGGCCCUUAAGAUGCUUGAGCAAAUUUUCCAAAGACUUAUUAAAGCUGGAAGGCCAAGCUAUGGACAUCCCCACUUCUCUGUUAUCUGGCUUUUCAGUUUUAAAACUAUAGCUUUCAUGUCCAGCCAUUAAUGGUCCAGAUAAAAUCACCAAAAAAAAGUAAUGCAUGUCUGUAAUAGAAUAUGGAUACAGAAGGGCAUUUUCACUGCUCUGCACCUGUACGAAUGCCUCACAAAGCUCUGAACAUGUACACUUAGCUGUCUGAAGACCUUGCAUGUCAGCGCAUAGGCAUUUGCCUGGCAAACCUCUUAACAGGUCUUUUAAACUUGAAAAUAGAGCCCAAGGCAUGGCUUGGCAGAAGUUUUAAAACUGGGAAUUACAGAUAUCCAAUUAAUAAAAAGAAAUAUUUCUAGAAGUUUAAGCACAUAUGAAUGCUGGCUGCGUCUCUCAUCUGAUACAUUUAGAAUUCUCCUCAAUCACAUCAAUGAGAUUUUGAGACAAGACUCAACCUUCUAAUUUUGAGAUCUCAUUGGUUUAAUUGAUCAUGAUGAUUUUGAAAUGCCUUAUACAAUGGACGUGGACCAUAGGAUUAAAUAUGGCUUUGGUGCUUCUUUAAAAUACUGAAUGUCUGCAUGGUGCGGUUAUUUUUCCACAUGCUCAAAGGGUUAUUUACGUAUGAUACUCCGGCAGUGCUGACCUUUUCUUUGUCCUCCAUUCCUUCACCAACACACGUCGACUCUCAUAUUAUGUAGUCGGCAUCCAAUAAUGAUACUUGAGGGGAAAAAGUGUCUUCAGAGAUAGUCACUACAAAAUGAAAAAGUGCUUGAAACGGUUGGGCAAGGUGUUAAUUACUGUAUGUUAAUUUUUCAAGUGGUGAAGACUUCCUUCCCUUUGUGUAUUCAGUGAUUUUUAUUUUUUUUCCCCCAUUUCUGACUCUUCAUGUUAUGAUGUGAGCUUUUAAUUUGCCCUCCUUCCCUGAACUUUCGCCUGAAGAUGUUAUGUUUUUACCAUUGGUUAAUUCUUUCACAGAACUGAAACAUUUGUUCAUCCGGGUCUUUGUGGCAGUUAAUAGUUUCACUGUCAUUUGCAGCAAUAUUGCAUUUUCAAACAGUAUGGAAGACGAUUUCCAGUCAGUGGCUGAUGUCACUGCAAUAGCUAACUUUGUUCUACUAUGGUUACUGCAUUGGAAUUGCAAUGGAAUUGCCAUCAUUCGUAUUGCUUAAGCUUAAUGAGCGUUUUUAAACUUUCCUUAUAUAUUUUUCACUGUGUGUGUGUGUGUAUCGAUAUCCAUAUAUACACACUUGCUAUAAAAAAAUAUAUGAUCAUACAUAUACCAUUCAUCUUCAUGUCAAAGUCCAGUUUCAGAAUACGUUGGUGAAUAUCGAACACUUUUCCUCUUGUUCCAAAAACUCUGCUUAGAGGGGUUUGUUUUUGUUUUCUGUAUAAUAUGGGUUUCACUUUGCUUUAGUAAAAUAAAUUUAAAAAUAUGUUUUUGUUCAUUUUAACUUGAAAGUGUAUUUGGAAAUGAGAUGCAGGAUAAAAAUCCUAGAAUUUAAAAAAAAGAAAAAAAAAACCAAAAAACAAAACUGAUAUUAAAAUACAUCUGGAGAAGUUGA